ACUUUUUUUUUUCUCAGAAACCCUUAACCCCUUAAAACGCGUUGCAGCCGCGCCCCCAAUUUUCUAGGGUUCUCCCAUCUUUCCUCGUACCCUUCGAAAAUGACCAAGAGAACCAAGAAGGCCGGUAUUGUUGGAAAAUACGGCACCCGAUAUGGUGCUAGUCUGAGGAAGCAAAUUAAGAAGAUGGAAGUGAGUCAACACAGUAAAUUCUUCUGUGAGUUUUGUGGAAAGUAUGCUGUUAAGAGGAAGGCUGUGGGUAUUUGGGGUUGCAAAGAUUGUGGAAAAGUGAAAGCCGGAGGUGCUUACACAUUGAAUACUGCCAGUGCUGUGACUGUCCGAAGCACUAUUCGAAGGCUGAGAGAGCAGACUGAAAGCUGAGAGCAAUUUACAAUAUUCAUUUUGUUUUCAAAUCCUAUGCAUAAAUUUUGUUGCUUAUUUAAAAUUGUCACAUUAUUUUUGGAUAGUUUGAUGAAGAAUAGAACUUUGUAAGGGUUUUGUUAAGUAUUUUAGUAAUAUUACUUCAGAUAUUCGAAUGCUACCAUUACGUUUUUGUAGUCUUGCUUCAUCUGAUGGGGAAUGAGUCAGUUUCUGUUUAUGCU